AAUCCCGAAAUGACAUCGGAUAACGCACUCAAUUCUCAAAGGGUCUUCAAGAAAUCGUCUCCCAACAACAAACUGACGCUCUACCUGGCGUCCCGAGACCUGGUGGUGGACAAUGGCUGCAUCGACAAGAUCCAGGGGGUCCUGCACGUGGACCCUGAGCAUUUGGAGAACAAGAAGCUGUUUGGACAGGUCACAUUAACAUUUAGGUAUGGCAGAGAAGAUGAAGAGGUGAUGGGGCUCAAAUUCUGCAACGAAGCUAUAAUGAGUAUUGCUCAAGUCUGGCCGGCUCACUGUAACCAUGAAAGAGAACCUAACACGCCUUUACAGGAUGCUCUGAUCAGACGAUUGGGAUCCAACGCGUAUCCGUUCCACCUAGAGCUGACGCCACUAGCGCCACCCAGCGUCCAACUGGUCCCAGCCAAGCAGUACCACGGCGCGCCCAUUGGCACCUCGUAUGAUGUCCGAGCAUAUAUAGCGGAUCGUGUAGACGAGAAAGUGUCAAGACGGAAUACAGUGCGUAUGGGCAUCAGAGUUCUCCAGGGCCCAGGGCGGCCGAUACCUCCAGUGCUACCCACGUCACUUGCACAGAGCUCACCUCACCAUACUUUCAGCGCAUUGACUCAUCAUAAUGUGCUGAGAUACAAAAACAAAACAAAAACUGAAUCAGACGAAAACUGUCGGCCGAAGAGAGGAGAAUAUGAAAACGCCGAGCCCCCACCGCCCCACGCCGCCGUCGAAAAGCCCUUUUUGUUGUCGGAUGGCAGGGUGGAGCUGGAGGCGUGGUUGGACAAAGCUACGUACUCUCACGGGGAGUCGAUCAACGUGAGUGUGGUGGUCGCCAAUCAUUCGUCGAGAACCGUGCGGCGAAUCAAGACGUUAGUUGUGCAACACGUGGACGUGUGCAUGUUUUCAAAUGGAAAGUUCAAGAAUGUGGUGGCACUGGUGAAGUGCGGAGGGACACCGGUGAUACCUGGCCAGACUAUCACGAAAACGUUCACCUUGACCCCGCACAGAGGUGUUACCAAAAAUUGGAUAGCGUUAGAAGAUUCAUACUCCAAAACAGGAGCAAGCCUUGCCUCUACUGUUCUUUGCAACAAUACUCCAGAAGAUCGAAAUGUUUUUGCCAUUUAUGUAUCUUAUUACGUUAAAGUAAAGCUGUCUCUCGGCACGAUCGGCGGAGAUGUCUCGUUAAAACUACCUUUUACACUUACACAUUCAUGUAUCAAUGAAGCUCCAACCGAUAGCGUUAUAGAAGAAGCUACACCAAAAAUCAUCCUGGAAGGAAAAGAAAACAGUGAAGAAGAGGAGACAGAAAAAGACCAACAAAACAAUAAUGGUGUUAAUGACAAUCAAGAAACAGCAUUCAAUGAUGAGGCUGAGGUCAAUUCUCCCGACGAUCACCGACUUGUUGCUGACGUACUUGUAAAUAUUGAGAAUAAAAUUGAAAAACCAAAGGUAUUCGAAGGUACAGAAGUACGUGCGGUGAAACCUAAUGAAGAUGAGUUAGACCUAAUCGUGAAAUACCCAGGUUCUGAUACGUGAUCCGACGAGGAGUGCAAUUUAGUUGCAGAUAGAAAAAAGACUGAAAGAGUCGACAAUGAACUACCAAAAGUGGCCACGGUGUGUAAAGGUGAUAUGCAAAUUCACAAAAGUGGCUUUGCUGAAAAUUUGAAAAGGGCUGUAUGUUGUAUAGAUAGACGCAGACAGUCAUAGCUCAGAUCGAAGGACCAUAAUGUAACCUUAGAUAUUUAUUUAAAAGUUCAUAUUAAAUUAAUAUUCUUGAGAUGUACCAACAUUGUAGAUAUUGUUUUAGAUUUAAAGUAAUUGUAUUUUCUAGACAUUAUUGUAGCUGAUGUUCACGCAAAACUAUUUUAAACAAAAACAAUGAUAAAACAUAAAAUAUCUUAUUAUGUAAACUUAUUAUGAUAUACCUACUAUUCAUAAAACUUCGAUAAAAAUACAGUGAAAUUUUAACUACAAUGUAUUUAUAAAAGUUAUUUUCUAUAUGUGUGUAGAGAAUUUUUGAAAGCACUGAAGUAAUGUUUAGAAUUACUAACGAUGUCAAUGAAAUAGGUUUGAUAAAAGUAUAUUCUAGUCACUAUACCUAAUUAAUCGUGUUAAGGUGUCUUCAAAUUCAGUGUUUAUAAAAGUAUAGAUCUUAUCAUAAAAGCUACUUUUAAUUAUAUUGACCAAACAAAGUCUAUCAUCUAAUUAAUUUAAAGUAUUUUUUUUACUUUAAGUCUUUUUUAAUAGCAUGUAGGUACUAACGAUGUAUCACCUUAACGUUCAUAUAUAGUGACACCUUAACUAAAAUAAGGUAAUGUUAUCAAUUAAUAUUAAGAAUAUUUGUGAAGACUUGGCUAGAGCCGUCAUUGAAGCCUGAAUGGAUAUUACGCUUACUAAAUUGUAGUCUGUGUUAGUAAUUGUAUAAACUAAUUAAUUAUAUUCAUAUAAAUUAUUAAGAAAUAUAAGUACCUAUUGUAAAUGUAUUUCUGUAUUAUACCCACAAUUACAGAAAAUAUUUCGAGACGACAUUAUUAUCAUGAUUUUCGAUGGAUGGUAUUUUUUAUUUCAACUUCUGCGACUGCUCGAAAUCUCGCUCAUAUCUGUUCCCGUGGGAAUUUUGGGAACCUAUGUCAAUUAAUCAGUUACCUCCUUUUUAUACUAUCAUAAUUUUUUUUUCUAUAAAAUAAUCCACAUUUUUUAUGAAUGGACGGCCUAAUCUUUCAUUUACAUAAUGCUAAUCACCUAAAUGGACUUUAUUAUUAAAUUGCAGUAAUAAUGAUCAAAGUCACUUUACUUUCAUUUGACGUCAUUAAUAUUCAUUGGAAAAUCCAUUAGAAAAUAUAUUCUUAAGGUUAAAAUAAACGUCAUUCUUCUGUCAUAGUCUGGAGAAAUACUCAAAGAUAAAGAAAUAACACUUGAUAUAUCGUUGAACAUGAAUAUAUUUUAGUUAUAAUUCAAAUAAAAUAUGACAAAUUUACAUCUACCUUAAGAUUUUAGACUGCUUUGAAUAUAUUAUCAUUACUAUUCUUCUACAAUUAAGCAUACAGAAAAUAUUUGUAAAAUUAAACUUUUAAAUUUAUAUAUUAAUUACAACACAGAUAUUUUAUCCAGCGAAAUUUCGAAGUUUAAUGUGAUUUCAGA